UGUUCGUUGAGAAGAAGAGAGAGAAGAAAUGCAAACAAACAAAACGAGAAAGCGCAACAACACACACACAACGAAAUCAAGACGCCGAGCAAGAGCAGCCAUGUCAGCACCACGGCCAGGACACGGGCGCCCCGUGCGCAAAGAGCCGCGAGAUGACGAUGACGAAGAGGAGGAAGAGGAAGACCCAUAUGACGUUCUCGUCGAGAAGUCUGGCUGCAAGCAGGAGCACUUUGCUCUGCUGGAUUGCAUGGAGGAGAGCAAUCGGGACUGGCGCAAGUGCCAGGGCAAAGUGCGGGAGCUGAAGGAGUGCAUGGCCAAGCAGCAGGCCGCCAAACAGCUCCAGCAAACAAACAAAUAACGACGCACGAGUGUGUGUGUGUGUGUGUGUGUGUGCGUGCGUGUGUUCCUUCUUAUUGUGAACACUGUUGUGCUCCGUUGCUCGGACUUGUUAGGCGAGGGCUGCUGAUGAGAGGGGGGAUCAAGGAUUGGAGCGAUUACUAAUGCGAAAGCAGGACAGGAAAGAAGACAGAGGAAGGGGGAAGGGAGGCAGACGCACGAAUAGUGUGCUUGUCGUGUGGCAUGUGAACACGCUCAUAAUACAUAACUAUGCGACACACA